AUGACUGAGGAUGCAGCAUGGAGGCUGGAAUGCUUGGGCACGAGCGAGCUUGUGCCGCAAGGGAAAGCUAACGGAAAAAUUGUUGCAACCUCAAUUGUGUCGUUUCUUCUUCGCAAACUUGGGGUCAAGAUGAUAAAAUUUGCAGCGGCGCAAAUUUUUGGCUGGCGGUGGCGAAAGGGACAACACCAGAGCAUCCCAAGCAGCAACAUCUGGUGA